AUGUCGCACACGAGCUGGAUGGAUCCGGCGAGUGCUCCCACAAGCCAGGUGGUUCUUGUGGCAGUGGUGUUGGUCUCAGUCUUGUCAUGUGUAACUCGUCACCAGCAACAACUUCGACGCUGGUUCAGUUGCAGAGGACUGCAAAGAACCCAAGAUGUGAUACCCCCCUAUUGGCAGAAUGCGGGCAGAUCGCUGCUUGAAGCAAUGGACCGUUCGAGUCCAGAUUAUUUCGAUGACAUCUACCCAGUUCCACUUCAGAAUCGCAGCAUUUUGCAAGGCUUCUUAAACGAAACCAGUUCGAACACAGAGAUUCAGUUCAAUUUGGUGCGGGCAGUUCGUGUGGAGCAUUCCGGCUUGUGGUCGCGGUAUCAGGACAAGGCUGCCGCAGUCGCGUCACAGCGAAAGGUGUUCAAGUUUCAGGGGACGGGGGCACCUUCGACGAAUUGCGCUCUGGCUCACGUCGAAAGUGACGGCUGGGAAGGAGGUUUUGUGCACGCCUUAGACGAGAGUAUCUGUGAGGCCUACUUGUUUCAUGGCACCGACCCACAUUCUGCAUUGAAGAUCGUGGAGAACGGCUUCGAAGUGAAGAAAAGCCGGGCCGGGAAGCGCUUCGGCUUUGGCGGCUACUUUUCGGAGGACCCGGCGGUGGCUGACCGCUACGCUGGGGAGGGCGAGGGUCUGUACCGGGCCUGCUAUGCGCUGCUCCUGUGCCGCGUGCUCCUCGGACGCCAGUAUCGAACCACGAAGUUUCGUGAUGAGUCCGUCACGGAGGAGGCUUUCCGGCAACGCUUCGACUCCGUCCUGGCAGAGCCACAUGGCCAUUUGCACAGAGAGUUCGUGAUCUUCGAUGGCCACCAGGUCUACCCUGAGUAUGCAUUGGUGUACGAGCGCCUGUCGCCAGAUUUCUGGAUGUGCCCAAGCCCCGUCCGGCGCUACUGGGCUGACGAAGAAGCGGACACUGCCGAGAUGGGCUCCUGGUCUUUACCGGCUUACUGGUUCCAUGCUCGCGAGGAGUUGACUGGCGCCUUCCAUGAAACGCAUCCAGACCAUCAGAUGAAAGCAGUGCUAGAGGACCUCAUGAACAAGACCUGGCUGAGUGAUCCAACUGUUGGCUUACGCCCAGGACAUACGGGGCAUCACGAGCACGCCACUGCCAGGACCGUCGGCCUGCGAGUUCUCAAAGUCAUCCGUGUGGAAGAUUCCGAGAUGUGGCGUGACUACAAGGCAGCACAGCGCAGGAUGCGGAGCCGCAGGGGGCCACCUUCGUGUCCACCGCUUCACGUGCACACUGUCGAGGCCUUGCCUGAGAGGGAACAUCGACGGCUCCACGAUGAAGUGAACGAGGUGUACUUGUUCUACGGCAGCAGUCCGCAGCGUGUGAUGUACCUGACACACCACGGAUUUCCGCUGGAGACGGGAGCCAGGCCCGACGAGGUCCUCUCUCCCGUCAGGGGCGAAGCGGAGGAGCUGCCGGCCGCUUCCAAGCUCUUUGGAGAGGGCGCAUACCUCCACGAGGAUGCCUCCGAAGCCGACAAGCUUAGCAGCGACGACAAGGGUGGGUAUUAUCGCGGCUACUUUGCCAUGCUACUUUGCCGGGUGACCUUGGGCAACGUCCAGAUGUUGCAGAGUCCUGACCCAGAAGCUCACCAACGUGUGGGACCCGAUCAGGCCUUUGACAGCAGCUGUGGGAUUUACGGAGAUCCGCGCUCGAGCUGCGGCAUGGCCCGGCGCGAGUUCGUGAUUCGGGACACGGCGCAAGUCUAUCCCGAGUAUGCCUUGAUCUAUGAGAGACUUCAACGACAGCGAAGACCGGAAAGUGACUCCGACUCUUUGGACGCCUGGGCAGGCGAGCAGAUCAUCCUUCCGAGCGACCGCCUCGAGGGCCAGCGCCUACUGCUGCUGCCCUGA